AGGAGCUUUGGGGGUGUCAAUGAAAUAAAUUGAGUCGUAAAAGCUGUCUAAACAAUUGGAUAAGACCAGGACUUAGGUGGACUACUGCACUCCAGGAAAUUCUCCAAGUCUCCACUUAUCCUCAAAGUGAACAAGAAGCUUCAGUUUCAAGUUGAGUGCAUUUUCCAUCCAUGGAUUGGCUUGUUUUGUUCAGUUUUACUUUGAGUGUUUGAGGUUAUCUUUUCGACGUAACAGCUAAACCCACGGCUUCCUUUCUCGUAAAACCAAAACAAAAAGGCUUUCUACUCAGGUGCCUUCUGUGUGUGCACAUGUGUAGUACAUACCUGGGAUCAAAGCCAGCUAUAUAAAGUCCUUGAUUCUGUGUGGGUUCAAACACAUUUCAAAGCUUCAGGAUCCUGAAAGUUUUCACUCUGCUUCCUGAAGACCUGAACACCACUCCCAUAAAGCUAUGGCUUGCUUUGGAUUCCGGAGCCAUGGGGCUUGGCUGGAGCUUACUUCUAGGACCUGGCCCUGUACUGCUCUGUUUUCUCUUCUCUUCAUCCCUGUCUUCUCCAAAGGGAUGCACGUGGCCCAGCCUGCAGUGGUGCUGGCCAACAGCCGGGGUGUUGCCAGCUUUGUGUGUGAGUAUGGGUCUGCAGGCAAAGCUGCCGAGGUCCGGGUGACGGUGCUGCGGCGGGCCGGCAGCCAGAUGACUGAAGUCUGUGCCGCGACAUAUACUGUGGAGGAUGAGUUGACCUUCCUUGAUGACUCUACAUGCACUGGCACCUCCACCGAAAACAAAGUGAACCUCACCAUCCAAGGGCUGAGAGCCAUGGACACUGGGCUCUACAUCUGCAAGGUGGAGCUCCUGUACCCACCACCCUACUAUGUGGGUAUGGGCAACGGGACCCAGAUUUAUGUCAUUGAUCCAGAACCAUGCCCAGAUUCUGACUUCCUGCUCUGGAUCCUGGCAGCAGUUAGUUCAGGGUUGUUUUUUUACAGCUUCCUCAUCACAGCUGUUUCUUUGAGCAAAAUGCUAAAGAAAAGAAGUCCUCUUACUACAGGGGUCUAUGUGAAAAUGCCCCCGACAGAGCCAGAAUGUGAAAAGCAAUUUCAGCCUUAUUUUAUUCCCAUCAAUUGAGAGACCAUUAUGAAGAAGAAAGACUAUUUUCCAAUUUGUAAGAGCUGAGGCAAUUC